AUGAGAUUGUGGCAACCACAAAAUGUUUUCCCUUGUUGUCCAUCAUUUGCUUCUUCUUGUAGACAUUCUCAGAUGAAAAACUUUUCAAAAUUAAGCCAUCAUAAACAAUUGCGUAGUCUCACCAUCGCAACGGAAUUUCAAGCAACCAACAAACGACGUCAACUUGUGACUGUUACGAGAAGGCAAUCUUAA